AUGGCUACUGAUGCUGGAACUGACAACGAAGGCUUUGGAGGAACAUUCGAAGCUCUUCACUUUGAUACUUCCAAAGAAGAUUUUCCAGACUACAUGCUGAUGACGAUGAAGCAGUUCAAGAUUUUGAAUUCAAAAUUAAAUUCAAUCUUGCAAUCACAAGCACAUGUCGGUAGUGUUGGGGUGACGAGUUUGGAGGUUGAUUCAUUCAUGAAAUUGAUGGAAGGGCGCGUAAUUUCGAAGGCUUCUGGAUUAAUUCGAGAUUCAAAAAGUAGAGUUCUUGAAAAAAUUGAUCAAAAUCAUGCUUCUACUGAGAAUCGAAUUAAUUCUCAGAAUGUUGAUUUUGUACGAGAAGUGAAGGAUUUGAAGAUGGUUACGAAGGAGCGUAAUGUGCUCUUCGUACAAGAAGUUAAAAAGGUAAGGGAGGAUGUGAAUCCACAAAUCAGAGAACUUCGUGAAGAAAUGCAAAAGGAAGUUCAAAUCGUACAAUAG